AUGCCCUUCCUCCGCCCAAAAGCGUUGGCUUCACUGGUGGAAUCUGCCGUCUCAACUCAGUCUAUACUUCUAGGCCGCGCCGUCCAUGCCCAUGUCAUUAAGACUCUUGGUCUAGACAUGGACGCCUUCCUCUCCAACUACCUUAUCAAGUACUCCAAGCUCGACCUCCCCCUCUUGGCCCAGCUUGUCCUCUCCUAUACGCAGAUACGUUGGUCCAGAUUCGCUCUGUCUUCACCUGGACCUCCAUCAUAUGCGGUCAUGUUCAGAACGGUCAUUUUACUGCUGCACUGUCCCACUUCUUGA